GAUAAUUUGGCACCGCAGCGGUCUGUACACACGUGGUGAGACUUGGCGGCGCGGCGUCUGCUGGCUGUCCUUCUUCGGGUCCUUCCUCUCCUGUCUCCCAGUGCUGUGUCCGCCGCUCACCCUCACCCCUCACAGCAACACCCACACAACCAAACACCCGAGAAACAACCGCAGUAAAUCACAGGAACAGGAACAAGGGCAGAGGCAGCCAUGGUGAAGCCCGGAGCCAAGAAGCCAGGCCCUCCCAAGGUGAAGAAGUCGGGGCCUUUUAAGAUCAAACAGACAGUCACGCUGAAACCCAAGAAGACAGGAUCCCCAACGGCCAAGAAGACAGGUUCCCCAGCAGCUAAGAAGAUAGGCUCCCUAGCGGCUAAGAAGACAGGCUCUCUAGCGGCUAAGAAGACAGGCUCCCCAGCGGCCAAGAAGACAGGGUCCCCUACGGCCAAGAAGACAGGCUCCCCAGCGGCCAAGAAGGCAGGCUCCCCAGCGGCCAAGAAGGCAGGCUCCCCAGCGGCCAAGAAGGCAGGCUCGUUGGUGCUCAAGAAGAAGAAAGGGUCCACCAAAUUCCUCGCCCUCAAGAAGGCCAAUGAUGGACGGUUUCGCAAGAGGUCGGUGCAGAGGAGACAAGCCUUCAAGAGGGGCGAGGGCCUGGGGGAGAAGCGCGGUGUGGUGGUAAUCUCCAACAUCCCCCACGGCUUCUUCGAGGGCGAGAUGGAGCGCUACUUCAGGCAGUUUGGAGUCCUGGAGAACAUCAGACUCGUACGCAGCAAGAGGACGGGGCAGAGCUGUGGAUAUGCCUACGUGGAGUUUGAGCACUACGAGGUGGCCAAGAUUGUAGCCAAGUACAUGGACGGCUACCUGACCUUCGGCAAGAUUAUGAAGUGUAAGAUUCUUCCUCCUGAGGCGAUAAACAGCAAGCUCUUCAGGGGCAAGGACAUCAGACCCGACAACUGCCCCAAGCUGAAUGUACGCAAGGGAGCCAUCAAAAAGCUGAACAAGACACGCACAGAGAAACAGAUCCAGAGGAGGGUGGCCAGACUCACUUCCGCCUACACCAAGAAGACCAAGAAGCUGGAGGAGCUGGGUGUUUACAUUCCCCUGCAGACCCUUAUUGGCAAGCCCCCACAAAAGGAAGAAAAAGAAGGUGAAGAAGCAACCAAGCUAACCAACGGACACACUGCCUCAGAGGACAGCCCUUCAGAGGACAAGGAGGAAGACCAGACCAACCUCUCUUUCCCUGAGGAUGUGUCUGAUGUAGAGCCCAGCGAGGACAUCAACUCUGAGCUUACUGAGGAGCAGAAGGGGGAGCUUAUUGCUGAGAGAGAGGCACUGGCAGCAUUGAUCAAGAGUCACCUGAGCUCAGCAAAAAAGACAAAACCCAAGAAGAAAGCAGCCAGCAAAUCACAGGCUGCCACCAGUACUGAGAAGAUGGUGCUGGAGGUGGACGAGAGUGAAGACGAGGUGGUGCUGAAGACGCCACCCAAUGUCAUCAAAAAGUACGUGAAGAUGGGCUCCAAGUCCACCCCGAAAGUGACUCCAAAAGGCAAGGUCCUGACACUGAAGGGGAAAAGUGUAACACCGAAGGCCAAGAAGAUGAAAAUGGUACUUGGAGGGAAAACGACACCAAAGGGGAAGAAUACAACACCCAAGGCCAAGAAGAUAAAACUUUCUCCCCAGGGAGAAGAUAUAACGCUGGAAUCAACUGAAAAUAUGACACCGAAAGCUAAGAAGACAAAACUCUCACCCAAAGGAGAGACCAAGACGCCCAAGGGGAUGAAGAACACACCUAAACAAAAGAGCGUAGCAGAAGAGACAUGGACAGCAACACCUAUGGCUGAAAGUACCACUCCUGGGACUAAAAAUGUGAUGCUGAAAUUAGGAAAAGCUACACCCAGCUCUGAGAAAAAGGCAGGAACAAAGAAAAUUAAAAAAGCUACACCGAAGUUGAAGGAAUUGCCGGCAACACCCAGAGAGGAAGAAUUAGAAAGUGUAAAGAUUCUCACCACGCCCAAGACCAAGAAAAAGAAGUUAAAAGAAUUACCAGCUGAUGACAUGCAUGCUACACCUUCCUUUGAAGUGGAAGAAAUAUCAACCAUAGGAAAGCUCGCUACACCUAAAAUCAAACAGAAAACACCCAAGAGUAAAAACAAAACACCCAAAAUGAAAAAUACACCCACACCCUUAGUUUUUGCACCCGAAGUUUUGGAGACACUCACCACACCCAAAAGCAAAGUCAAAACACCAAAGGUAAAAAAACAUACACCCAAAAUAAAAGAAUCAUCAGCAGAGGACACACAGGCAACACCCAGCUUGGAGACACUUGCCCUGGAUGAAAUAACUGCCGUAGAAACACUCGCCACACCCAAAACGAAAGUAAAAACACCCAAAGCGAAAAAGCAAACACCAAACGUCACCAGUACCUCAGAAAAUCAAGACACUCCAGCCAGCAAGAAAAAGACUCCCAAGUUAAAGAGAACGGGUGACGUAGGUGAGAACAAGGAAAACAAGGGGGACUCAACACCCAAACCUAAAAAGACUGCUCCCACACCCACACCAGUGACCAUACCCACCACACUAGAGAAUGCUGAGGCCUUUUCUGAAGCCACACCAGGAAAGAAAAAGAAAGACAAAGCGAAUCACACUCCUAAAACCACACCAGGAGGGAAGAGGAAGCAAGAUGAUGCGGCCCCAGUAAUCGAAGCCACACCAGGCAAAAAGGAAAUGGGAAACAGCAACAUCACCCCAAAAAAGAGAAAACAAGGUGACGGAACCCCACUACUCAGAAUUACCCCAGGCCAGAAGAAAAAAGCGACUCUUGCAACCCCAGUCCAGGCCAUCACCACUUCCCCAAAGACUCCUAAAAAGGCAGUGACCCCAUUUAAGACCACACCAGGCAAGAAGACCCCCAAAGUGACCCCAGGCAAGAGGAAGACCAUGCUAGAGGUUCUCCCUGACGGAAAGAGCCACGGGAAAAAACAUAAGGUCCUCUCAGCAACAUAAUGUAAUUUUUUUGUUUUAAAUGGUUUGGUUAUUUAUUUAAAUAUUUUUUUUUACUUACCAUUUUCUCUUUACUACCAACACCAGUCUGUCUUUUCAGUAUAGAUUAUACGACUGAAUGCCCAAAUUUGGUUUGAAACAGAUGGUAAAUUUGACAGACUGAAAGGACCAUGUUGCAACUUUUCACUGGUCUACACUGACCAAACUCUAGGGGUUAAAAGUGAGCAUUAUAUCGGACAAGUUGUUGGCCUGGGUCAUUUUAGUUGGCAAUACUGAAGGAAGAAAUGUUUUAGGGAGAGGGGAAAGUAAACAUACUGUGUUUUGUCAUAGCUCGUUGUUAUUCCUGUGCUAAGUAUAAUGAAGAAAAUAGUCAUGUUUGCAAAUGUGUUACCUGGGCAGGGCUGUUCACCGUACAAAGCUUUCGUUUACUGUAUGGAAUAAACAAACAUUUCUCAGCCUUAGAAGUAUUUAUGUACAUAGAUUUAAUUUACAUUCAUGGAUGCCCAACUUUACAUAGAACAGGUUGGAAACUUUUGCGUUGGACAUGAGGUAUGUUAUCGCACAUUCACCGAACAACAAUUCAGACCAUCUCUCAGUAUAUACAUUCAUUUGUACAAAGUCUACACCAUUGUUGGAGGGAAAGGUGGGGGUUUGUCUCCUGCCAGGCCUAGAUGAUUUCCCCUAAUCUGCAGUGGCAUAGCUUGGGGGUGGAGGGGUGCAUCAAGGAGGAAGGUAAAGUUGGCUGCAUGCUAUAGCUGCGAGUGGCCUUGGUGCUUAUCGCCACUGCAUUGGGCCUUGAGCUUGUGAGAAGAACCCAUUACCCUGGGACACAGGGCCAGUGUGACAUCAGGGUUAGCACAGUUAUAUUCCCAAGUUUCCCCAGGUACCCAUUUAUUGACCAGCCCAAUGGUUUAUGAAUGCUGGGAUUCAAACCCAUGCCCAGUCAUAGUUAGGCAUGCUAAGCAGUGUAUCAAGGAGGAAGGGUGGGCCAGUACCCAUCUAACUUCCAAAAUAACUUUACAUUUGACCUAUAGCACCAGCAGACUUUCUUGAUGGGGGCUGCUGGUUGGCCUCAGCCCAUUAGUGGCACAGGCAAAUGUGUUAUAAUGUCGUCAUCUUGCUUGGCUCAUGCUGUCCCCUGGAACCCCAUUUGUCCUCUAUAGAGGGGUUUGCCAAAGUCUGGGUUGAUAGGUGGUCAUCAGGGCAGCAAGUCUUGGGCCACUCAGCGUUGACUGAAAAUUGUCAGCAUGUAGCAGCGCACGAAACUUGCACCUGGCUGAACACUGACCACUCGGCCAUUCUCUGAGCAUCUUCCCCUCUAGCCCCCCUCCUGCAGCUAUGCCACCUACCAACUGGUAAGAAUGUUAGGAGGCAUGAACUUUACAACAGUGUAUGGAAAAAAAAAAAAUAUAUCAUUAAAGAAAUAAAGUUGAAUUUGUUA